CUCCACGAAAAAAGAAAAGAAAAGAAAAAAAAAACCUCUCCCCUUCCCUCCUGUUCUCCGCAGCCCUUCGCUCUCACCGCCAAAACCCUCUCCCCUUCCCCCUCCUGUUCUCUCCCUUCCCCGCAGCCCCUCCCUUGUAGCGUCGCCCCCACCCUUGCCGCCGCCGCCUUCGCCGCUCCGCCGUGGCCAUUUCCGCCUCCGCCCUCCUUCUUCCCGACGAAGAGGAAACCCUAGAGCUAGGGCUUCUCGCCGUCCAUCCCGCGGCUUGAGUUGUUGAUAGAGAGGAGGAGGAAGCGAAGAUAUGCCGCACCGAUCGCGGCCCAUGACAGCGCUGCUGGUGUUCACGGGAGUGAACCUGGCCCUUUUCAACACCAUCGGUCCCGUUUAUGACUUCAUCUGCUUCCAUCCCUACUGGGAACGGAGGAGAGAACAGCGUAGAAAGGAGCGUGAAGCUGCUUUGGUCAAAGGUUCUUAAACCACUUAGGAGCUGUCUUAUCAGGUAUUGAUGCUGAUUUGUUGAAAGCCAUCAUAGUGGUUCAGUUGACGGAACACUACAGUAUCAUUGAUGCCAAGGGAAUUACAGUAAUUGGGAGAAUUCCAGUAAUUGCUGUCAGGAAAUGUUACAAGAACUCUGUGUUGUACUUUUAAUUCCCUUAGCAAAUCAUUAAGUAAAUGACAAUCUGUUCUUUGUCAAAGAUGGCUUUCAAGUUGCCAGAAUAUGUAUAUUUUAGAUAAACAAAUGUACUCUUUUUAGACAAAAUAUGUUGCUUAAAGUGUCUUCAUUUCUUUGCAUAUA